AUAAAAAUUUUUUUAUAUUGAUUGGUUUCAUAUAUUCUUAAAAUUAUCUUUGAUUAUUUUGUUUAUUAUAUCCUUUCUUGUUGGAAUGAUAAAAGUUGUUUUAAUUUAAAUAAAUUGUAUACAAAAAGAAUAAGAAAAAUUAUUUUUUUUUAGAUAUUUUAUAUAAUAUUAAUAGAUAAUUAAAUUCAAUUUAUAUUUUUAUUUUCAUCAAGAUGAAAUAUAUUAUAAGCAAAAAUAUUAAUACAAAUUAUUAUGAUCUUAUAAUUAUUAAAAAAGCAAUUAUGUUUUACAUUUUAAUGCAAUUUAUAAUUCAAAAGAUGAUAGAAUUAUAACCCAUUUAAGCAUAUAGAUUUUAAAUAUCAUUAAUUUUAUACAUAUUAUGGUUAUUAAUUAAAUAUAUUUUGUUAUUAAAAUUAGCAUAAUAAAAUAUAUAUAUAUAAUUUUAUUAACUACAGUAAUAUUAUUACUGUAAAAUCAUGUAAAUGCAUACAUGUAUAUUACACAUGACGCUAUGAUACAAUUAUUCUUAGAAAGCAUUGAAAAAGAUAGAUGCCUAACAUAACCUAUAACAAACAAAAUGUGUUGUAAAAGUAAAAGCACGAAAACGUGCUAAUAUAAAUAUACUGCAAAAUUGUAGAAAUAGAAUGGUUUUACAAAACGUUAGCAAUAAUUUAAUUAAAAUUAUUAGUAAUGUAUGUACUAGGCAAAAUGAAUGGAGUAGCAACAAAUGUGCUCAAAGAUUGUAUAUGGCAUUGCCACGGCUUACGCCACAGGAGGUUACAGCAGUCUUACAAGCUAAUGAAUAUACCAAAGAAUUUAAUGAACAGAACUCUGUAAAGUAUUAUGAUUCAAAUCAAUUAGCAUCCAAUAAUCCUAUAGAAGAUACUCGAUCAGAAGCUCAAUGUUUAUUUACAAAAGGAAUAUUAUUAGGUGUGUUUGAUGGUCAUGGAGGAGGUACAUGUGCACAAAUUAUUUCAAAAAGACUUUUUCAUUAUAUAUCAGCAUGUUUAUUACCCACAAAAUUAUUAAAACAAUAUCUUAGCACGAUUAAUUCCAACAAUAAAAUAGAACUUCUUCAAACAUUCAAUGACAAAGUGGAAUUUAUUUCUGAAAUUAAAGAACUUUAUCAAACAAGUUUUUUAACUUUUGUAAAAGAUUUAGUCGAAAUGGAAUGUACAAAAGAAUUUCAAAUGGAAACAGCUUUAGAGAAAGCAUUUCUCAGAUUAGAUAAUGAUUUGUCAAAUGAAGCACUUUUAAAUUUAGGUAAAAGUAAUAAUGCUAUAACUCUUGAUGUUGCAAUGUCUGGUGCUGUAGCAGUUGUUGCACACAUAGAUGGUCCACAUCUUCAUGUCACUGGAGUAGGAGAUUGCCAAGCAGUACUUGGUAUACUUUCUGAAAAUGAUGUUUGGACUGCAAAAUUAAUGACCGUUGAACACAAUACUGACAAUCGAGCAGAAGUCGAAAGAAUUUUAUCAGAACAUCCAUCUAAUGAAAAAUCAACUGUAAUUAAAAUGGAAAGACUUCUUGGACAAUUAGCGCCUCUUCGUUCUUUGGGUGAUUUUCGCUACAAAUGGAGUAAAAAGAUUUUAAAAGAAGUAGUGGUACCAUAUUUUGGCGAAGCAGUGAUUCCACCAAAUUAUCAUACCCCUCCAUAUUUAACAGCGAAACCAGAAGUUAAAUAUCAUAGAUUAACACCUAGAGAUAAAUUUCUUAUAAUAGCCAGUGAUGGUUUGUGGGAUUUAAUGUCACCCUUACAAGCUGUACGUUUAGUAGGUGAACAUAUGAGUGGAAAAGUAACAUUAAAUCCAUUAAAAUUACCUCGUAAAAAUAUGAAAUUAUCAGAAAUACAUAAAAUGUUAUUGCAACGUAAAGAGGGAUUAAAAAAGAAACCUCUCGAUAAUAAUGCAGCGACGCAUUUAUUACGAAACGCACUCGGUGGAACGGAAUAUGGUAUAGAUCAUAUUAAGUUAUCACAAUUAUUAACGUUACCAAGAGAAGUAGUACGAAUAUUUCGUGAUGAUAUUACAAUAACGGUAGUUUAUAUGAACUCUGAAUUUUUAAGACACUGCCCUCCGUAAAUUUAUAGAGAAAUUUCUCGUUACAUUUAUAAGAUCUUUUACAAUUUCCAUUAUUUCUAAGUAUUUUAAAGAAAUUAAAAAAAUUAAUCUUCUAUCGUGUACAGCUUGUUAUUUAUUUAAUUAACAAUAAAAACAAUUUACAUGAAAA